AUGGCAGCGGCUCGAUUUAUACGUUUUUUCAGUCGUCGUCAAACAAAAAAUUCAACAACAACAUUAAAUGAUGAAAAUCUUCAUUAUACAAAUUCAAAUGGAAAAAUUUGUUCAACUGGGAAGAAACAACAACAACAACAUCAACAAUCAAUACCAAUUAAGAAUGGUCUUGUUUGUACUGUUGUAUUUCUUGAUGGUGAUGAUGUCAAUUUUGAAGUAGAUCGCAAAGCUCUUGGAAAAAGUCUUUAUGAUAAAGUUAUUGCUCAUACAAAAUUAGUUGAACCAGAUUAUUUUGGUUUACAAUUUACUGAUACACAUAAUGUUAAACAAUGGUUAGAUCCGACAAAAUCGUUAAAAAAACAAUGCAAGAUUGGACCACCGUAUACAUUUCGAUUUCGUGUUAAAUUUUAUACAUCCGAUCCACAAAAUCUUCGUGAUGAAUUAACAAGAUAUUUAUUUGUAUUACAACUUAAAGAUGAUAUUCGAACGGGUAAAUUAGAUUGUCCAUCUGGUCCAGAUAUUGAAUUGGCUGCAUUAUCUAUGCAAGCUGAAUUGGGUGAUUAUACAAGUGACGAACAUUCAGUUGAAACUAUAUCAGAAUUUCGUUUUUUAUCUGAUGAUAAACAAACAGAAGAAUUUGAAGAACAUGUUAUACAAAAAUGGUCAACAUACAAAAGUUUAACACCAGCUGAUUGUGAAAUACAAUAUUUAAAUAAAGCACGAUGGUUAGAAAUGUAUGGUGUUGAUUUACAUACAGUAAUGGGUAAAGAUGGUUUAGAAUAUAAACUUGGUUUAACACCAACUGGUAUUCUUGUUUUUGAAAAUAAAAUUAAAAUUGGUUUAUUUGUUUGGUCAAAAGUAACACGAAUAGAUUUUAAUCGUAAUAAAUUAACAAUAGUUGUUGUUGAAGAUGAUGAUAAUGAUCCAACAUUACAACGUGAUUUUGUAUUUUUAUUUCGUUGUUAUGAUGAAAAACAAUGUAAACAUUUUUGGAAAUGUGCAAUGGAAUAUCAUAUUUUUUUUCGUACAACAUCAGCAUCAAAAGUUAAACAAGGUGUUAAAUCAAAUUUUGCACGUACUGGUUCAAGAUUUCGAUUUAGUGGAAGAACUGAAUGUCAAGCAGCAACAUUAGGAAAUUUAACUCGUCGUAGUAUAAAUUUUGAACGUAAAGCAUCACAACGUUUUUCACGUCGUGCAUCAUAUGCAAUAAGAAAAAAAAUUCAAGAACAAGAAAUUUUACGUGAACAAGAAGAUGAACGUUUAAAAAAAUUAAAAUUUGAACAAGAAUUAAAAUUAGAUGAAUCAAAAAAAUCACCUGAAAAAAAUCAAGAUUCAAUAACAAUUAAUAAACGUUCAUCAUCACAAAAAAAUUUAAAUCUAUCACCAACUCAACGUCUUGAGAAUCUUAUUCAAGCUUCUACCAAUGAUUCAGUACUGGAAGACAAUGACUUGAAAAGAAAUACGUCAGGUCUUCCUCGUCCGCCACCAAUUCCUCCUCGACAAACAAAAUCUGAUGAUAAACCAAUAACAUCACCAUCACCAGCGCCAUUGACCCUUAUGAAAUCAUCAAAUACAAUUACUUCUUCGAUAAAUGAUAAUAACAAUAUCAAUACAACAAAAGAAUCAGCACAUGAUAACAAUGAUCAAUCAUUAUUAAUUCAAAUGUCACCACAAAAAACAUCUACUUUACCAACUAAUUCAUCUAUUUCUUCACCUACUGGCAAAGUGAACAGUCCACUUAAUCGAUAUACAUUAGGAAAUAGUCAAUCACCAUAUGUUCUCAAGGAGACUUACUUUUACACAGAAUCAACGACAGUAAAUUCGAAUUUAACUAAUAAUCAAAAUUCUUUAAAUUCUCCUGCUCCUGUUAUUGUAACACGUACAUUAAGUACAUCAAAUGUUCGUAAUGCAUCAUCAACCAUUGUUCAAACAACACCAACUAAUUGUCAAACAACAACAUCAUCAUUAUCAGUUCCAUUACCACAUCUUUAUCCUCGUACUGCAAAUCGUAGUUCAUCAUCACCAUCUGUUGGUGUGAUUCCAUCAUAUCAUCCAAUCACAACCGAAUUAUAA